AUGAAUGCAGCCUCUGAAACCGUGACCCCAAACUCUGAAGCUCUUCUCAAUGUCAACAUGACAAAUGUUGCACGGCUUACUCCUACCAACUACAUCAUGUGGAGUCGUCAAGUCCAUGCUCUUAUUGAUGGGUAUGGUCUUGCUUCGUACCUUGAUGGAUUUAAGGUGUUCCCUGCUGACACAGUCACGGUUGAUGGCACCAGCUCUCCCAAUCCUGCGUACGUCAACUGUGUCUGUCAAGAAAAACUACUCUACAGUGCCCUCCUCGGUGCAAUCUCCGUCUCCAUCCAGCCGAUCCUCUCUCGUGCUCACACCACUGCUGAGAUCUGGACCACACUUGCCUCCACCUAUGCAAAAACAAGUCGUGGUCAUAUCCGUCAAAUCAAGCUCCAACUCAAGAACUGGAAGGAAGAUACCAAAACGAUCGAUGCGUAUCUUCAAGGCCUUACCACCCGUUUUGAUGAACUCGCACUUUUGGGAAAAUCUCUUGAUCAUGAAGAUCAAGUGGAGAUUAUCCUUGAAGGUCUUCCGGAGGAGUACAAGACCAUCGUUGAUCAAGUCGAAGGUCGUGAUACACCACCGACUAUCACCGAACUCUAUGAGAAACUCAUUAACCAUGAGUCGAAGUUGCUGACAACACAACCUCUUCUGUCUACACCAAUCACUGCCAAUGUUGCUCUGCCCCAGCGUAACAACACCAACCCUCGCACUCAGAACCGGUUUCACCAACGCAACAACACCAACUGGAACUCCUCGUCUCGUCAACCUAAUGACUUCCGUGCACCUCGUCCGUAUCUUGGUCGUUGUCAGAUUUGUGGAACUCAACUUGCCCUGUUCCAGCAACAACAACCACGAGCUAACUUCAUCACUGCUACUCCUUGGCUGCUCAACUCUGCUGCGACCCAUCACAUAUCCUCCGAUCUUGCCAAUCUCAGUCUUCAUCAACCCUAUACCGGUGGCGAACAAGUGGUAGUUGGUGAUGGCCAGGGUCUUCCCAUCACUCACACUGGUUCAGCUUAUCUCACAUCUCAAACUAAACCUCUAUCACUCACCAAUGUUCUUUAUGUGCCAGACAUUAAAAAGAAUCUCAUUUCUGUCUAUCGCAUGUGCAACGCUAACCGUGUUUAA